AUGUCAAAACUUAAGCCUCAAUAUCAGACAUUUCCGUUGAUACGUAUAACACUGAUUGGACCAUACAAUUCUGGAAAGUCAACAAUCGCAGAUACUUUCGUAAAUAAUCAAUACACAGGAGGCUCAUGCUCUUCGCCGCUUCCUCAAUUGUAUUAUCGUACUAUUAGACUACCUCCAGAUGGUUCAGAAAUUGGUGAUCCAACUUCUAUUUGUGUUGAAAUUGAGGAUCUUCCUGGAAUUAACGUCUCUUAUUUAGACGAAAAGUUUAUAAGUCAUUAUUUCAAUAUGAAUAGGAGAGAUUUAUCAAUCCCUGCGAAAUAUAAGGAUAUCCUACCCUUUUCAAUAUGGGAUCCACCUAAAGUGCCAAUGUUUGCUGGGCAAAAAUAUCAAGCACUCAGCCAAGGUCGAAUGGGUUUUAUACUUGUAUUCGAUAUUAAUGAUUCAGAAUCACUUCAUUCCAUUGAAUUUCUGUAUCAAAAAUUCCAAAAUCUUAUAGAAUCAACAGAGUCAUUUAUAAAACCAGUUGUAUUUUUAUGUGCCAAUAAAUUUGACUUAAAUAUUGAAAAGAGUGUAGUUGAAAAAAACAUAGUACAGAUUGAAAAUUUUGCGAGUAAAAUGUUUGUUCGACUCUGGAAAGUUUCAGCUCUCACAAACAAAAACAUCAACCAUAUGUUCAGAGAUAUGUUAUAUUUAAUAUAUGCAAACGCUUCUCUUUGGCAAAUAGAUCUCAGAUAUUUGGUGAGUCCUUAUAUUAUUGUCAUUGUUUAG